AUGAUUAUUUUGGUGGCAGUGCUGAGCCUCGUUCUCAGCGUUGACACACAGUGCUAUUCGAGUCAAGGAUGUGGUGGAGGCGGUGGUGGUUAUCAGCCCUCCUACGGUCAUCACUAUUCUCAGCCCGUACCUCAACCGCUUCCUCCAGUCAUUGCCCAACCACAACCAAUCGAGUACUACUAUAGAUCCAACUCGUACGCUCAGUCUCCCUUGGAAACCCUGGCCAGUGUCGACAAGGAACCAUCAACGGCCACUGCUUCCACAAAGGAUUUCGAAGACUUCGAGAAAAAGCUUCCCGAGCUGAAACAUACUGUUGUUGAGGAAUCAACUCCGGCGCAAACAGAGGUUGCCGUCGCUACUCCAUCAAGAACGUACAUACGAGAGGACACAUACAUGGCUCAGCCUCAACCUCAACCUCAGCCUUAUCAACCUCACCCAUACCCACCGCACCCCCCACAACCUUAUCAACCUUAUCGUCCUGUCGCUUACAGACCACUUCAAGUUUUACCAGCAGCUGGAUGUGGAGGACCGCCGCCUCCCUACUAUCGUCCUGCACCAUAUAUGCCUAGAGGAUACGUGCAACCAUAUGGACCGGCUCCUACAUAUCCGAUGAUGCCUCCACCUCUACCCCCUCCGCCGCCGCCACCACAACCAUACCCAUAUCCUGGUGAGUUUUUUGUCUUAUAA